CAAACGGAGCUGCAGAUCAGGGGAGAGCCUCGAUGCCGGAGCUGUAGAUGAGCGCACACAUGUGCAGCUCUGCCUCGUGUAUUUACAGUGUUCUGCGGCUGUAUUUACACCACUGACGUCAUGACGUUUAGCGCGAGCGCUGCACACCGCCUGGAUUACAGAUGUGAGUGUGUGACGUUCAGUUUUUAGGGAGGAUGAAGUGAAGAGGGGCAUCUUUAGUGUCCUCAUCGCCAUCAGUGUAUGAACAUGAGAGAUCAGAUGAACACUGAGGCGGAGGAAGAGAUGGAGACUCCACCAACACCACCACCAUCAUCAUCAUCAUCAUCAUCAUCAUCCACUUCCUGCUGUAAGAGGAAAUCAGCAGACAGACUGAACUCAGGCUCAGAGAAGAGGAGGAGACUCGAGAUCAAACCACAGGAUGUGUUGACGGUGAAGGACGUGUGUGAACUCAUACAGUACGUCACACUCAGACGCUCUCACAAAAUGAGGAAACCAAGCUGGUUCAGUGUCAGUGAUGAGUGUGUGUCGCGUGUGAACGUGAUGAUUCUGGACGGACUGACGCAGAGUCACUUCUACAGAUACUUCAGUCUCUUCACACACCUGAGGAGCAAAUACAGCACCUGCUCCGCUGACCUGUUGACCUCUGACCUCUUCAACGCUGAGCUGGCGACGCCCCCUGAUGGAGCAGGAACACACACACCGUUCCCAGCUGCACUGAUGUGGCAUCCUGUGAUUCGCCGCUUCGGCCUGAAAAGGGCGGUACUCAGCAACUUCCUGCUGACCCAACAGGAAAUGACCAAACACAGGUUCCCCGAGAAAGGUGUGUGUGGCUGUGAGGGGUUUGUGUGCACGGCGAGCGGCUCUGUGACUGACAGCAGCCCGCUGUACGGCCUCGACUGUGAGAUGUGUUUGACGUCUGCAGGUCAGGAGGUCACGCGUGUGGCGCUGGUGGACGCCUCUGGACGCUGUGUGUUAGAUGAGCUGAUCAAACCACUCAACCCCAUCAUCAACUACUGCACUGAGUUCUCAGGGGUGACGCGGGCGCUGCUCUCCCCAGUCUGCACGCGUCUGUCAGAUGUUCAAGCUCUGCUGCUGCAGCUGCUGCCGCCGGACGCUGUGCUGGUGGGACACUCUCUGGACGGAGACCUGCGCGCACUACAACUCAUCCACCCUCAUGUGAUGGACACGUCUCUGCUGUACCGCAUGGACUUCGGCCGCCGCUUCAAACUCAAACACCUGGCGCAGGUCAUCCUGAAACGGGAGAUCCAGUCGGCGGUGUGUGUGGGUCAUGACCCCUGUGAGGACGCUCUGGCUGCUCUUCAUCUGGCGCAGUUCUUCAUCAGGAAGGGUCCGGGAGAGGUGGUGCAGGAGUAUCUGCAGGAGUUGUGGCAGCAGCAGCUCCCCGAUGAUGAAGAGCAGCAGAUCUCUGAUCAUCAGCACAGCCCUCAGAGUUUCGGCCACGCCCUCUUCAGAUCUGGCCAAUCAGCAGUGUUCCUGGGCAGAUGCUCAGAGAUCAGUGGUGUGCUGUGUGCUCAGAUGUGCAGGAGACAACAGUGCAGCAGUGACAGAGAGGUGGUGUGUGUGUUCAGACGGGUGGUCCAGUCGUACUCAGUGAGUGUCCUCCUGUUCUCUUCAUUCAUCAACACACUGAAGCAGACUACAGCGAGCGGACACCUGCAGCAGGUGUGUGCGCGUCUCCAGCAGAUGUGUGUGUUGUAUGUGGGACCGCUGCCGUCUGACGCCACAGAGAGACUCGUCCUGAAACUGCUGAAGCGCUGCGGACGCCUGCGGAGCACACGACAACUGCACUACACACACGGGGCUCAUAUGGAGGUGGUGUUUGAGCAUCUGGAAGGAGCAGCACUGGCCCUGGAGCGUCUGAAUGGACAUCAGCUGAGCGACUGCACUAUAAAGGUGCGGCGUCCCGUGCACGAGCAGACUCUGGAUCUGGACGAGUGUGUGUGUGAGCGUCAGCAGGACCGUGUGUGUGAGCGCUUCCUCUAUGUGUGUAACCUGUCGUGUAAAGCGCAGCGGCGAGAGCAGCAGCUGCAGAGCCUCACACACUUGGGGCCCCCUGCAGUGCAUGCUGGGACACGCAGCCGACACGCCUUCAUCGAGUUUGCGAGUGCUGACAGUGCUCAAGCUGCAGUGGGCGUCGGCCUCUUCACUGGCAGCAGGAAGCUCUGGGCGUGUCCUGCUCUGACUCCGCCCCACAUGAGCUCGUGGACACCCCCUGACCCGCCCACUACUGAAAUCAACCCGAAUGCACAGCCGGGGGAGGAGUGUGAUGAGCGGCUGCUGGAGCGCAGGAUCAGGAAACUGGACAGAAGAGUGGGGAAAGUGUAUCGAGCGCUGGAGGGAAACUGCCUGAGCAUCGUCAUCCUGCCCGGAACCAGAGUUGACGGCGUGGACCACCUCGGACUCUGCUUCAUGCACUGCAAACAGACGUGACUCCAGCUCUCGUCAGACACACACAGCGCUGCACACUGUGUGUGUGUGUGUGUGUGUGUGUGUGUGUACUGCUUUACUGUUCAUGAAUAGUGUUGUGAAUAAAGCUGAAUGAGCUGCU